AUAUAUGUCACCUUUCUCAGCUGUGCCUCAGCAUUCUGGAGCAUACUUUACAAAUGGGGAUAGUGAAGAGUACCAAUGAGAGCAACUUAAGAGGCUUCAUCCUUUUGGGGUUUUCUGAUUAUCCUCAUUUACAGAAGAUUCUAUUUGUGGUCAUCUUCAUAUUGUAUUUGUUAACCAUAUUUGGUAACACCACCAUUGUCCUGGUGUCUCGUCUGGAACCCAGGCUUCACACACCCAUGUAUUUCUUCCUUUCUCAUCUCUCCUUCCUGGACCUUUGCUUCACCAGUAGUGUUAUUCCCCAACUCUUGAUAAACUUGUGGUCUCCCAUGAAAGUCAUUACCUAUGGUGGCUGUGUGGUUCAACUGUAUGUCUCCCUUGCACUGGGAUCCACUGAGUGUGUCCUUCUGGUGGUGAUGUCAUAUGAUCGCUAUGUUGCUGCCUGCCGUCCUCUCCAUUACACUGUCUUGAUGCAUCCCCAUCUCUGCAUGACAUUGGCCUCUAUGGCAUGGCUCAGUGGGGUGGCCACCGCCCUGGUACAGUCCACUCUCACUUUGCAGCUGCCCUUCUGUGUUCAUCGCCAAAUUGACCAUUUUAUGUGUGAGGUGCAUGUGCUCAUCAAAUUGGCCUGUGUGAACACCAGGUUCAAUAAGAUUCAGCUUUUUGUGGCUAGUAUCAUCUUCCUUAUAAUGCCUGUCUCACUCAUCAUGGUUUCCUAUAACUAUAUUGCCCAAGCAGUUUUCAGAACCAAGUCAGCUACUGGCUGACAGAAAGCAUUUGGGACGUGUUCCUCCCACCUCAUAGUGGUCAUCAUCUUCUAUGGGACCAUCAUCUUCAUGUACCUGCAGCCAGCCAAGAGCAGAUCCAAGGAUCAAGGAAAAUUUGUUCCUCUCUUAUACACUGCUUUAGCCCCCGUGCUUAACCCUCUUAUUUAUACUCUGAGAAAUAAAGAGGUUAAAGGGGCUCUGAAGAAAGCUCUAAGUAAGGCUCAGUGA